UCUUUGCCUCUUGCUCUCACAUUUUGCCACCAUUAUCUAUUACUGAGCAGCGUCCAGGAUGGCAGACGAUGGCGAGUUGCUGGUUACGCGCAGGUCGAGGCGUAGCACCGCCGGAAACAGAAUGGAGGCUGCACUGGCCGAGUUUCGCUCGGAAGAAUUGGGCCAUGAUGUUGAGGAAGAUGACGAUUUCAUCAGAGUAGACGAGCAGGAUGCUUUCGAAUCCGACUUUGAGAGCACAGACGAAGAAGGUGCUCAGGGGGACGUCGACGCCUCUGCGGAGAAGAUAGUCCAAGAUGAAGAGCGCAAAGUCAAGAAGGUUGCUCGCACCCAGCUCGAGAAAGUGACGGCAGCGGCGCAUGCACGACAGAAGGCUACAUUUGAUCCGGACUUGUCUACCAAUGACCAGCUUAAAACUGCCGUCCAAAGAAAGAUGAAGAGGCGAGUCUCGAUGGGUGUGGUCGUCGAUGCAGAGACAGGUGCUGUUGUAGAGAGCGGGAAACGGCAGAGCCAGAGAUCGCAUACUAGGCUCAACACCUCGAUGACUGACCUGCGCAUAAAAGACGAAAUGGAGAAAAAGUCUACAUUACCUAAGAGGAAUAGGACGAAGAUACGCCCGCCUACCCAGGACGAGCUGAUUGCCCGAGCCUUGGACAUGGAGGAAGGCAAUAUCAAAGAACAUCGCAACUACCUAGCUCUAGAAGAAGAGAAGCGCAAGAAAGCGCGGCUUGUGAGGACGGCUGUUGAAGGUCCGCUACUUCGUGUGGUCAGCAAAGCCGAGACUGUCACUGUCAAGAUCCAGCCCGAACCUAUCGCUCCUCCGGCACCUUCGCCACAGUACUCAUAUGCCUAUGCCGAUUCUCAUCUUCCUCCAGGAUUCCUUCAGCUCGCUCCACCGACACACAGCGCCCACCGUGAGCCCGCCCCACCACCCCCGCCUAGCGCGAGCACGCCGGCAGUGACCUUUAUUCACCACUACAAUCAAGAGACGCCGGUUGCGGGCCCCUCGUCGUGGACCCCUGCCCCACCACAGCAAUCAACUGCGCCCUCACCGCCACAGCCACAGCCCGAACCGAUUGAGCGUACAGAGAUCGUUGCCAAGAAUUACGUGGUGCACGAACUGUCCCAGGAGGAGGAUGCUUCCAAGCCGCUUUGGAAGGAUACGAUGGCUGCCAUGUUCGGCGACCACGCCAAGUGGGAGGAACUCAAGGUGUACUCUGGAAAAGGCAGACCGACCAGCCGUCCAGUGGACACUUGUCCAAUCACCGGCCAUCGAGCCAAAUAUCGUGACCCGAGGACUGGCGUGCCGUUUGCCAAUGUGCGGGCGUUCCAGACACUUACCCAGGUUCUUGCGCACGACUUCACGUGGAACGAGAGCCUGGGAUGCUAUGUUUCGUCCCGGGCAGAUGAAGAGCUGCGCGUGGCUGCUGCACCUUCUGGGUCCAGUUAAGGUGCCGUUUGUAGGUAUUUUCAUCGCUGUAAUGUGUGUACGCAGAUUUUACGGAAUCAAGGAAGAUAUCCCUACUUGAGCGUGC